CUUCAAGAGACUCAGAGAAGAAACACCAAAGAGCUAAUUGAUCAUUAAUCAUGUCAGACGAGGAUUUUGAGCAAACAGAAUUAGACUAUUCAGACUACUACAAUGGCACACAAGAGUUAUAUACAUCAGAGGGUCAGCCAUGCAACAAUGGCAAUGUGAAGGCGUUUGGACGAAUGUUUCUGCCUACACUCUACAGCCUGGUUUUCAUCGUGGGCUUCAUCGGUAACGGCCUGGUGGUCUGUGUCCUGGUGAAGUUCAGGAGGGCCAGCAGCUUGACAGACCUCUGUCUCUUCAACUUGGCUCUGUCCGACCUUCUCUUCGUCACCUCCCUGCCUUUCUGGUCCCACUACGCCACCGCAGCCGAGUGGCUCCUGGGGGACUUUAUGUGCCGACUGGUAACCGGACUGUACAUGCUGGGGUUUUAUGGCAGCAUCUUCUUCAUGUUGAUCUUGACAGUGGAUCGCUAUGUGGUCAUAGUCCGCGCUCAUACCAUGGCCAGGUACAGAUCAGUCAGAGUAGGGGUCGCUCUGUCUCUGUUCAUGUGGGCUCUCAGUCUCUGUGCCUCUUUGCCUACAAUCAUCUUCACAAAAGUAAAUAAUGAGUCCGGGUUUACAACAUGUAAACCAGAGUAUCCAGAGGGUAGCAUGUGGCGUCAGGUUUCUUAUUUAGAGAUGAAUGUCUUGGGUCUACUUCUCCCCCUCUUUGUCAUGGUGAUCUGCUAUUCUAGGAUCGUUCUGAUGUUAGUUAAUAUCAAAAGCACUAAAAAGCACAAAGCCAUCAAACUGAUAUUCAUCAUAGUAGUGGUCUUUUUCUGCUUUUGGACCCCAUACAAUGUUGUAAUUCUCCUGCGUUAUCUGGAGACACAGAACUAUUUUGGGGACUGUACAAUUCACAAGAACAUAGAUCUGGCAAUGCAGUGGACAGAGGUGAUAGCGUUCACACACUGUUGUUUGAAUCCGAUCAUCUACGCCUUUGUAGGGCAGAAAUUCAUGAGCAAUGUCCUGAAGUUACUAAGAAAAUGGAUGCCAAUGUGCUUCGCCAGGCCUUAUGCUAGUGAGUUGUCUGAACGAAGAAGCUCAGUCUAUUCCAAGUCUUCUGAAAUAACAUCUACAAGAUUGCUGUAGUUUGACUUGUAUACAGGCACAAUUCAAAUAUAAAAACUCUGAGAAGAGAAAAGGUAGUAAAAGAUGUAAGGAAAAACUACAAACAAAUGAAAGGGGGAUUUCUUGACACUUUGAAAGUGUGGCACUCAGCCACCCUAGCUGUGAAUCUAUGCUGACAGUAGAUACAGUAGUUAUCAGCUGCUCUUUUGUAUCUUUACAUGCCUUUGUUGAUAGAUCCCUUUAAAGAGUGUUAGUUGAGUCCUCAUGUGGCAUUGUGUGAAGUGUGAAAAAAGUAUGUACAGUGCAUUCGGAAAGUAUUCAGACCCCUUCCCUUUUUCCAUAUU